AGUUUGUUUUCGGCCUCGGAUCAGUGCGGCGAUCACUAGAUAGAUUCACCACGGGCAUUCAAAACAAAAACCAACGGCGAUAGAUCGGGAUCGAUUGUGUGGAAAGUUGCAUUGGGCAGAAUAAAAGAAUGGUGGAGAAUUUCUGUUCCGAAGCUUGAUUCAGCGCUCGGAGAGAAAGUAGUUACGCGUUGUUUUUAUGGAACCGGAUUGGGAUAAAAUAUAAGGCGGAAAAAGGAGAUGUUGGAAAUCACCAGUCAAUGAAGAAGCUUUAAGAGAAAUUUGUUAUUUCAGUGAAGUGCGAUAGCAGUUUAGUGAUUGAAGAAGAUAAGUUGAUUACAUGUGCGCCUGAGAAACCAACCCGGCAUUCACGUACUGCACACGUGAUCCAACAAAACAUAUAAUUUCUGCAGUUGACACUGGUGUGUCACAAAGCCGCUGCCUGUGGAAAAAAGUGUUUUUGUAGUGUGUUCGUUGUAAUUGCCCGGAAAGAUCCUUUCGUGUUGUGCUAGUGACUGGGCUGUGUGACAAGUGAAAUUGUGAAGAAAAGUCCCAGUAAACCCGCCAGCCACGAUGGAUUCCCUAUUCAGAUAUCGUCGAAUGCCGUUUCCCAAAAGAUAUGCAGAAUUCGUGGCUCUGAUUGCAAUCUCGUGCACCCUGUUCCUGUUCCUGCACACCCAGAGCCUGACGUCGCGUCUCCGUGAAAUGGAAGAUAAAUUGCAGCCAUCGUCAUUAAUGUCAAGCAGCGGUUUAAGUGGUAAUUCAAUUAGUCAAGUCGCCUCGGCCGGAUCCACUACCAACCAGGGCCACAGUCAGCAUCACGGAGCAGUGGACAGCAAUCUACAUCACACGUACAACUAUCUCAAAAGCACUGGACAGAUGGAAACACUCAGCGCUCGUGACCUCAACAACACCCGCCGCGCCGAGAUCCCCAUCAUCUUCUUCAACCGCGUCCCCAAGGUAGGCAGUCAAACGUUCAUGGAACUGCUCCGGCGCUUGGCCAUACGCAACGAGUACACCUUCCAUCGGGACGUGGUACAACGCCUAGAGGUCAUCCGUCUCUCUCCGGAUCGGCAACAGGAACUCGCCGAAAUGGUUACCGACCUGCCGAUGCCAUCCGUCUACGUGAAGCACGUUUGCUACACCAACUUUACUCGCUUCGGUCUACCGAUGCCGAUCUACGUCAACAUGGUCAGGGAUCCGGUCGAACGCAUCAUCAGCUGGUACUACUACGUCCGAGCUCCGUGGUACUUUGUCGAACGGAAGCAGGCCUUCCCCGAUCUACCACUUCCGGAUCCACGCUGGCUGAAGAAAGACUUUGAAACAUGUGUUCUGCAGGGCGACCCGGAAUGCACCUACGCUCAGGGAGCGAUACACGAAGGCAUCGGAGACCACCGUCGGCAAACGCUGUUCUUCUGCGGACACGAUGAACAGUGCCUCCCCUUCAACAGCCAGGGAGCGCUGGAGCGUGCCAAGUAUGCAGUCGAAAGCCAGUACGCCGUCGUAGGAGUGCUAGAGGAUUUCAACACAACCCUGGCCGUGCUGGAACGGUACGUACCGAAGUUUUUCUCCGGCGCCACCUCGGUUUACUUCAACGAGGUCAACUUACUGGCGAAGAUCAACAAGAACAACUUCAAGCCACCGGUUAGUCACGAAAUCAAGGAACUGGUUCGGCGAAACUUCACCCGUGAAAUCGAGUUCUACCAGUUCUGCAAGCAGCGGCUGUACAAGCAGUACCUCGCUACGCAACUACCGCACAAGUGAUUUGCUCCGGCACCAAAUUAUUUUAUUUUAUUUUAUUUUAAUUUAAACACGGGGGAAACUCUGCAUCCUAGAUGGGUGGGUGGAAGGAGGAGAUUACCCCCCGUGAAGAAAGUUCCACCAUUUCCGUUGCAACCCAUGUCUUCAUUUCAUCAUUACCCAAACUAGCGCAGCAUAGCGAGAAAGCAUCGCGUACCAGAUUCCUUAUUAUUUAUGAUUUGAAGUAAAACAUUUAAGCACACACUCACAUCCACGAAACGAUUCAUUUGUAUUUAAGUAAGUUAAAUCGACAAAACCAUGCUUAUUGUUAGGUUCAAGUUUUUAAAUUGAUGUUGUAGCGAACAAUAACCCGACCCGAGAGCGGAAAAGAAGUUAAACUUGGAAUGUGAUAAGUGAUCAAACUGUUGAAAGUGUACAUUUUAUGAAGAAGAAAAAAUCCUCAUUUUGGACAACUAAUCCGAAAUUGAUUGCGAGGAAACCAAGAGAGCAGUGAGAUUGAGAGAAAAGAC